AUGCGAUCCUUUUCUACCAUCGGAGCUGCGCUCCUUCCCUUAGCUGCUGCUGUGGGCGCCGUCGAGCUCAAGGUGGACGACGAGGCCUCGCUCAAGGCCGCCAUCUCACAGUAUGCCAAUGGCUUGAUGUCAUACUACAGCGCGAAUGCCUCAGGUCUUCCGGCGGAAGAGGUUGGCUACAUUCCCAAGCCUCACUACUGGUGGGAGUCUGGUGCUCUCUGGGGAGCCAUGGUCGAGUACACAAACAUCGUCGGAGACGAUUCGUACGUGAAGACGAUCCAGCAGGGUCUGACUGCCAACUACGGCCCGGAGAACAACUUCAUCCUGGACUACAAGCGUGACCAAACGGGCAACGAUGACCAGGCCUUCUGGUGUCUUGCGACCAUGUCGGCAGCCGAAUAUGGCUUCCCCGAGCCUGCGGAUGCACCAGCAACCUACCUCGAAGUUAGCAAGAACUGCUUCAACAACAUUGUUGCUCGCUGGGACGAAACAUCGUGCGGCGGAGGUUUGAAGUGGCAAAUCUACCCGGAGAACGACUAUGGGUACAACUACAAGAACUCCAUCAGCAACGGCGCCACCUUUGCUCUCGGUGCCCGCCUUGCCCGCUUCACUGGCAAUCAAACCUACGCAGAUUGGGCCGAGAAGAUCUAUGACUGGGAGAAGAAGGUCGGCCUUAUUGGUGACAGUUUCGAGGUUUUUGAUGGAACCGAUGAUAAGUCGAACUGUAAGGAGGUCGCCGACAAGACGGAGUGGACUUACAACAACGCUAUGAUGAUCCACGGGUCUGCCUUCAUGGCUUCCUACACCAAGGACGACAAGUGGACGCAGCGUACCGAGGGCUUCCUGAGCCGUGCCGCCAUCUUCUUCAACAACCCCAAGCAAGUCAAGGACGUCAUGUUCGAGGUUUGCGAGAACAGCGUUGGCGGCAAGAACUGCAACCUGGACCAGCAAUCGUUCAAGGCCUACCUCGGACGUUGGAUGGCAAAGACCGCGAUCCUUGUGCCUUCGACCAAGGACCAGAUCACCACAUACCUCACAAAGUCUGCCUCGGCCGCUGCCAAGUCUUGCACUGGUGAUGCUGGCGCCUGCGGUUCUCGAUGGUACCAGGACUUCGAUGGAGAGACCGGUGUCGGCCAGCAGAUGUCCGCCAUGGAGGUCACCCAGGCCUGCCUUAUGAUUCAGCAGGGCACUCUUCCCGGCACUGGUGGAGAGUCCUCGGAGCCUUCCAAGCCCUCUUCGUCUGCGGCUCCCAAGUCCAGCUCCACUGCUGCCCCUGAGUCCAGCGACGUGUCCAAGUCUACCGCCACUCCCCCUAAGACCAGCAAUGCACCCAAGUCCGAGGAUGCUCCGGAAUCCAGCAAGGCUCCCAAGUCGAGCGAAGCCGCCCCACCAGCCAGCGAGGCUUCAGCUGGCUACCCCACUAGUGCUCCAGUCGCCAACGUGAGCUCGAGCCAGUCCGACACAGCCAGCGUCCCGACCGACAUUCCUCAGCUCUCCUACUCUGCUGGCCUCUACGCCCCUAUCGAGACACCUGCGCCAACCAGCACUCCCACGAGCAAGCCGGGCGGCCAGUUUGGCGAGGUUAAGAACUCCACGGCCCAUGCCUGCACUUGCACUGGAAAGAAGACGACCACCGUCUACGUCAACCCGCCCACUGAGGCUACGCCGCCGCCAGCUGCUCCUCCGGCCCCUCCGGCGAACAAUACUACUCCCACCAUCGUUCCGACUGGUGCUCUUCCUCCUUCGCCCCCACCGCCUGCCAACAGCAGCGCCGUUGAGGUCUUCCCGGGCGCUGCCUCCAACUUGAAGAUGGGCGCAAGCACUGUCUUUGCUGCGGCUGGUCUAGCGGUCCUGGCUGUUCUCUUGUAG